AUGGACGGUCUCUCACUAUUCGAUCUCACGUCUGGCGCCUCUGCUGCCCCUGCUGCCGAUGCUGACAGCACUCUUCGCUCGCAGUGGGCCACACGCGAUGCUGCUGCCCGUCUUGCUGUGCGUAGUCACUUGCCGUCCACUGAGAGCGCGCACUUUAGUCAGUACAAGAGUACUAAGACCUUGCUCCCUGACUCCCUUCGCUCGCUUAGGGAUCACUUCCUCUCUAUUUACCCCACCACACUCACCCUUGAUCUCCUCGAGGAGCGCCUCCUGGCACCUGAGAAGACUAUAGUCAUUGUAGGAGCCUCUCGUGGUGACCCUCGUGCCCCCUUCUUUGAGGGGUGCUCCCCCUCCCUUCUUUUGCCCUCUGUUGUCUCUGCUAAUGCUGUCGACUUUGUUGGCACCCAGUCGGUCGGCGCUGCGUCUGCCCCUAGCGGGAGACGUCGCAUCGCAAGGGCAAGGGGGGCAAGGGCGCUGGAGGGGCUGGCGGGGGCGGUGGAGGUGGCGGUGGAGGCGGCGGAGGGAGUGGGGGUGGCGGUGGGAGUGCUGGCGGGGGUGGGGGCUUCGGUGGCGGCGGUGGAGGCGGAGGCAGCGGCGGCCGUGGCGGUGGGAGCGGAGGAGGAGGCGGUGGCGGAGGUGGCGGCGGCGGAGGUGGAGCUGGUCGGGGUGGCUCUGCACAGCGGAGCGCCUUCGGUGGUGGGAGCUCCAGUUCCCUAA